GAAAUAAAAGAAGAGAAGUCUUUGUUUUGGAGGGAGCUGAGCUACUCGAGACUCUCUCCCACUGAUACCCUCUGCCAGAGACCACCCAAAACCCCUCUCUCUCCUCCUUUCUCUCUCUAUACUCAUGUUCGGAGCUAGCGGAAGCUCCUCCAGGUCCCAAAGGCCCUCCUCCUCCUCCUCCACCACCUCAACCUUUCGCUUCUCUCGCAAAUCUCCGGCGCCGGCCUCCAAACCCGCCGGACGGCCGACUACCCCUUCCGCCACGACCUCCUCUUCCUCGUCUAAGCCUCCUCCUCCUCCUCCUCAGUCUCGGCUUUCUGUUUCUCCUACCACUUCGGCUAGUCCCACUGCUCCGAUCCAGGCCAUUGACCGACCUGAGGUUAGUAAGGCCAAGGAGAAUGUUACUGUUACUGUCCGGUUCCGACCUCUCAGUGCUCGGGAGAUCAAUAAAGGAGACGAGAUAGCUUGGUAUGCAGACGGUGAUAACGCAGUGAGGAAUGAGUAUAAUCCUUCUAUUACUUACGGAUUCGAUAAGGUGUUUGGUCCAGCUACUACAACUCGCCAUGUUUACGAUAUUGCUGCUCAGCAAGUUGUUUGUGGUGCCAUGGAAGGGAUUAAUGGUACUGUAUUUGCAUAUGGUGUUACCAGUAGUGGGAAGACUCACACUAUGCAUGGAGAACAAAAGUCACCUGGUGUCAUUCCAUUAGCAGUAAAGGAUGUUUUUGGAAUCAUACAAGAGACUCCUGGGCGAGAAUUUCUUCUUCGUGUUUCAUAUUUGGAAAUUUACAAUGAGGUCAUAAAUGAUUUACUUGAUCCUUUAGGACAAAAUCUCCGAAUUCGAGAAGAUGCUCAGGGUACUUACGUUGAAGGAAUAAAAGAAGAGGUGGUUCUAUCACCAGCUCAUGCACUUUCACUAAUAGCAACUGGAGAAGAGCACAGGCAUGUGGGUUCUAAUAACUUCAAUCUGCUAAGUAGUCGGAGCCACACUAUAUUCACCUUGACUGUUGAAAGCAGUCCACGUGGGGAAAAUCACAAUGAAGAAGAUGUGACCUUGUCCCAAUUGCACUUAAUUGAUCUUGCAGGUUCUGAAAGUUCUAAAACCGAAACAACUGGAUUGCGGAGAAAGGAGGGUUCAUACAUCAACAAAAGUUUACUUACCCUUGGAACUGUGAUCUCCAAACUAACGGAUGGUAAAGCAACCCAUAUUCCAUAUCGAGAUUCAAAACUCACCCGUCUAUUGCAGUCUUCCCUUAGUGGGCAUGGACGGAUUUCUCUUAUUUGCACUGUGACUCCCGCCUCUAGCAAUAGUGAGGAGACGCACAACACAUUGAAGUUUGCACAUCGUAGCAAACAUGUAGAAAUAAAGGCUUCUCAAAAUAAGAUUAUUGAUGAGAAGUCUCUCAUUAAAAAGUAUCAAAGAGAAAUUUCCAGCUUAAAGGAGGAGCUUCAGCAACUAAGACGUGGCAUGAUGGAGAAUCCAAAUGUUGCUGGAUCUGCUCAAGAAGAUCUGGUUACUUUGAAGCUUCAGCUGGAAGCUGGUCAGGUUAAACUAAAAUCAAGACUGGAAGAGGAGGAAGAAGCCAAAGCAGCUUUGAUGGGAAGAAUUCAGCGACUGACUAAACUGAUAUUGGUUUCAACUAAGAAUGUAAUCCCAAAAAGUAUUUCUGAGCGGCCUGGUCAUAGACGUAGGCAUUCAUUUGGGGAAGAUGAGCUGGCAUAUUUACCAGAUAAAAAACGGGAGUAUGUAGUUGAUGAUGAUGCUGGAAGCUAUGUGUCUGAGAUUCCAUUGGAAGUGAGAGAUGAGGUGACUAGUCUAGAUGAGUUGGUCAAAGAUUACAGAAGGAAUAGAAAGCGCGGAAUGCUUAGCUGGUUUAAACUAAAAAAACCCGAAAAUAUGGCUGGAUUAUCAUCCACAGCUGAUAGUGAGAGCUCGGCAAGUGGGUCACCUGCAUCUUGUUCUAAAUCUUCACAGCGAGUAAUGUUUAAUGAAAUGAAGGAUGGAAAAAGAAAAUCAGUCAGUAAUAAGGGAGAUGAUCCUACCAUUGUUGACUCGUUGCUGGGAAAAACACAGGCAGGUGACUUGUUUAGUGCAGCAGUUGGUGGUCGUUGCCUACCUCCGAGUGGUACCACUAUUACGGAUCAAAUGGACCUUUUACGUGAACAAGUGAAAAUGUUAGCCGGAGAGGUGGCUUUGUCUACAAGCUCUCUGAAAAGACUGUCAGAUCAAGCAGCUAUCAAUCCUGAAGAUUCACAAAUUAGGGAAAAAAUGCAGAAGUUGAAGGAUGAAAUCAGUGAAAAGAAGCUUCAAAUACGAAUUUUGGAGCAGCGAAUGAUUGGAUCGUUUGAGAUGAUUCCACAUACAAACAGCAUUGAAUUGUCUCAGACUCUGUCCAAGCUUACUACACAGCUAAAUGAAAAGACAUUUGAGUUGGAGAUCAAGUCUGCAGAUAAUAGGAUACUACAGGAGCAACUACAGUUGAAGAUAUCAGAGAAUGCUGAGAUGCAAGAGACUAUUCUUUUGCUAAGGCAACAGCUCAAUUCUUUAUCAGAUAAGAGUACAAGUGGUUUGCGAAUCAUUGCUGACACUGGUGAAACGGAGCACGAGCACGGGGAAAGUAGAAUUGCUUCAUGUGGAGAAGCUUAUGCUGAUGAAAAUACACCAACUAGUGUCAUGAGCUUGAAUAGAGUAUUAUCCCUUGAAGACAAAGACUGCAAUAAUAGUACAUUUUGUAAUUCCCAAGUCUAUGUUCAGGCUGCAGAGAUUGAGGACCUAAAGCAAGAUCGUUUGCGAUUGGCUGAAGAAAAGGACGGGCUUGAAGUUCAGAAUAGGAAAUUGGUAGAGGAAACGUCAUAUGCAAAAGAGUUGGCUGCGGCAGCAGCAGUUGAACUCAGAAACUUGGCUGAGGAAGUAACCAAGCUUUCUUAUGAAAAUGCAAAGGUGGCUGGUGAGCUGGCUGCUGCACGAGAGCUCCGAUGUCGAUCAACUUGUUGUCAGAGUCCUGCAUCAAAUAGUUUCAAGCAAAAUACUGUGAACGGAGGUCGACCUGAUUCCUACCCUAGAAGGCGAGAGGAUGAAAUUAUUUUUGAGGAGUUGGAGAAAGAACUUGAUGCAAGAUGCCAAAUGGAAGCUGCACUUAAAACAGUCCUAUCUGAAAGAGAUAAAGUAGAAGAUGAUCUAAGGAGGAGGCUAGAUGACGCGAAACGUCACGAGGAAGAUUUAGAAACUGAGCUUGCAAAUAUGUGGGUUCUUGUUGCAAAGUCGAGAAAGCCUAGCAACAAUGCGGAAGAGUCAUCUGAAGUGAUUCAUUUAGCAGAUACUACGCAAUCAAGAGUUAGAAAUGGGUUUUUACCAUCUAAUGGCCAUUCUGAUAUGUUUAAAGAUGAUGAAAUCUUCAAAAAGUCGGGAGGUUUAGAAGAUUUGAGAGCCAAGUAUCAGAAAGAAAAGAGAAAAUGCAAACAGCUAGAAAGCCAUAUCUCCAGAUUGAAGGGUGAAGAUAUUGCUGGUCUGGACGUGACAACUCUUGAAGAACUACAGAACUUCCACGUGGAGGCCAUUACAAAGAUUUGCCGCGCAAAGUGCCUAAAUAGUGUAUUGUAGCAUGCUGAGGCUGACCACCGUACAAAUGACAAACACUCCACUGACACAGUUCUAACAUUGCAGGUAGUAAGCGGUUCUUUAUUUUGUACAGUCGAGGAAAUAUUGACUAGAAAGUAGAAACAAUUUGUUUCUCACGAAGGGAAUUGACCAAGGAACUGCAAUUUUUUUGCAAGAAAAAAUGUUUGAGAAGCUGAAAAAAAAAAAUCCCAUUUGAGCAGUGAUAGAUUAUUAGAAUGCUUCGUUGUAAAUGAAAUUUCAUUCUAACAAAAAAUUAUCAUCAUUUGAAUGUGUAUUGGUAUAUAUACUCGGAAUCCAUAAUCUGUUCUGUAAUGUAGAUUAUAUUAAGAAGAUGACAAGGACUUCAAAAACCUUAAUAUAACCUAGCACAAGUAUUAUCUAUAGACAUAUAUAUAUUUGGAUGAACCCGCUUUUACUUUAAUUCUCUUUAUUUGCCUUCUUCCUCAGUGGAGCUAGCUUGUUAUUUGUAAAAAAAACCUGAAGAACAGCUGUUCUCUUCUGCUAUGCCAAAAUUAACUGCACAUGAUGG